AUGGGUCGCCGGAAGAUUGAGAUCAAGGCCAUCAAAGAUGACCGCAAUCGCUCGGUUACAUUUUUGAAGCGCAAAGGCGGUCUAUUCAAGAAAGCUCACGAGCUGUCGGUGCUGUGCUCCGUCGACGUGGCAGUCAUCAUCUUUGGUCAUAAUAAGAAGUUAUACGAAUUCUCGUCGGGAGACAUCCACGAGACCCUGGGCAAAUACCAAUAUUGGGGCCCUCCGCAUGAACAUAAAGGACCAAAUGAUUUCUCGGGAAAGGGCGGGGAUGACGACGACGAUGAGGACGACGAGAUAGGUAUGGAAGAUAUGGGCCCAUCGUCUCAACCGAUGGUACCACCACAACUCCAGAGCCAACCCGCUUACCAACACAUGAACCACGCUCCAUCUGCCUCGCCACCGAUCCCUAACGGAGUCGCUUUCGGUCCUCGUCACGGCACUCCACAACCACAAGGCUCAUCCCGUCCAUCUUCACGUAACCACGUUCGUCGACUGAGUUCGCAAUAUGGUGCACAUCCUGCGCAUGCCACGCCUCCCCCUCCCGGUCCCAAUGGCUAUGCCUACAUGCCUAAUCCCUCGGUAUACAAUGCCAACAAUCAACCUCCACGACAAGGCCAAUACCAACAAUUUGCACACCCCGCUCACCCCAGUACGCAACCACAAACACAGUCUAUCCCGCACCACCACCCACAAGCUGCACAUCCUCAUCACAACAUCCCUCCGCAUCAAAACCAGCCGAUGGCACACGUUCAACAUCAGUACAUGCAAGAACAAGGACGACCUUCCCUCCCCCCCGAUUCUCAGUCUUAUCAACAUCGCCCGUCUCUAUCUCUACCGGAUCCUACUGCAGUGCAGCAGUCUACAGAAGGCAAGGUGGAGGGAAGCCAAUCGCCAAAAUCGAAAGCGCGUAGUAUUUUCACCCCGAUUGAUGACAAGACUUCCGUGUUCUCGCGUCAUUUCUUUGGCGGGUCAACUCUGCGCGAAUCUCCCCAGCGUGAGACAUCUGCAAAGCAAGACCAAAAGUCGAAUGUGUCAGUCAGCCAGACCCUUCCGCUACCUACUGCAAACGCACAGCCGCAACCGAAUCGAGGAGCGACGGAACCUAAAAGGUCGCAGUCAGCCUCUUCACUACCUGAUUCCCAGCAACCUUCUCGGCCGAAACCAAGACUUAAAGUCCAAAUCCCAAGCGAACAAUCCGACGACAGUGCAACUGCAGAUUCAUCGCCUCGUGAUUCAUCAGGUCAGAAAACAACGACUCCGCCAAAGAAAAAUUCAGAUCCAGGUCCUCAGGGGGUUGUACAGCUGCCACCGCCGCCUCCAUCACCAGGAGCUGGGCCUAUAUUGAGUGCCGGGGCCCAGGGACCUCCAAAUCCAUUCGCGCGACCAACACAGCCGGCUUCUAAUACGCAAAAUGGCGCAGGAUAUAACAAUAAUCAGAACAUGGAAACCCCGAUCUCCGCCCUCCCUAGUCGCUUUGUUUCAGACGCCCUCCUUCCAUCUCCGUCGAGCUUCUUUCCAGAAUGGGGCUUUGGACGCAGCGGUCCCGACUCAAAUAUGCUACCGAGUCCGCUGACAUUCCCAACACCUGCAGCUCAAACCGGGCCGGGUUUUUCAAGAGAGGAAGAGGGCGAGAAAAAACGCAAGAAUUCUGAUGGGGCCGUUGCGGUUGAAACAGGGGGGAAGAAAGUAAAAACUUGA